ACGUCAGUAAUAGAAAUACACACACACACAAACAUUCUGUGAAUUGGUGUAUCAUUUUGUGUCGGCUUGGCUGGCAGUGGCUUUUUGGUAUCAAGGAUCAAGUUCCUUGUUGGCAUUAUAGGUUAAUUAUGGUCGUGUUAUUGAGCCUCUGUGUGUGUGUGUGUGCAUAGUGUAAGAGGAUGCCACAGAAAAAAACCUAAGAAUUCGACGUGCAUGUUUUUGGAUUUACUGCAAGGCUUGUCUCUCCCUUUCUCUCUCUCUCUUUCUCUCUCUGGCUUUCUCUCUCUCUCUCUCUCUCACCUCUCCUCAUGUUUGGUCACCCUGCCCUUCUCAGACAAACAUAGCACCCGGCACUCGAGGUGCUGCGAGACGGAGCAAGCAAACACAGAGAGACAGAGAAGCAGAGACAGAAAGCAGAGAGAGCACAGUAAAUCAGGGACAGACUGAGAGAGAGAGGGAGAGGAAACAGGACAAAUCAAAGACUAAGUGCAGCUCAGCUGAGGACUUGACGAAUGCUCAUCCGGCUGGCUUAAGGUUGUCCCCACACAGCUGUGAACAAGUGUCUGGGAAGAAUGGAUUUUCUUUUGAUCCAACAGUCACUGAGCAGGAGCAGCAGCUCCGUAGAUUAUUAUCACUCCUUUUGGAUUAUUUGACAGCAUGCAGUAAGGAAGAUGAACCUUGAUUCUCUGGAGGACUCAAUCCAGAACCUGCUGUCGGUGCUGUACCCGCCCUUCGAGGCCACCGCCCCCACACUUCUCAGCCAGCUCUUCCAAAUCAUUGAUUGUCGUUAUCAGGGAGAUGCCCUGCGGUGCCUGCUGGACUUUCUGGUCCCGGCCAAGCACAUCUUAGACACUGUGCAGCAGGCUGCAUGUGCUCAGUACUCUGAUGUAGUUUUCCUGUGUGAGGGCUGGCCUCUGUGUUUGCAUGACCAAGUUGUCAUCCACCUUGCUCCCAUCAACCCCCUGCUACUUCAGCCUGGCGACUUUUACUUCCAGGUGGCACCAUUCUGUGACCAAUCAGCUCGCAUCGUGGUCUGCAGCCUCCUGGAAGAGGAGGGGCUUAGAGUGGAGGUAGUUGAGGAAACCCCAAUCCCUGAGACUUCCUAUCCUUGUAUAUUCAGCCGUGACUGGUUAGUGGAGAUCAACCAGGGCCGCCAUGGAACGCUUCUCAGCCACUGCCUGCUUGCCACUGAGCAGGGCGUGGUGAGGUUGCCAUGGGAAAGGGUGGCUGUGCCUGAUUUUGUGGAUGUGUCACUGUGUGCUGGGAGUAGCAUGGCCUCUGCUCCUCCUUCAUAUUCUCCUUUACCUCCUCUGCUUCCUGAUCCUCCACCUCUUCCUCAUUUUCCUGAGAAUUCUUCAUCAAAUCGUUCAUGUCCUCUUUCUCCUUCAAAGGAAUCUGCACCUAAACGCUAUCCUGUAACCAUUCAAAAUUCAAUUUUAACAUCUUCUUCCCAUCCCUCUGACUUCUCUGUAGAGACCAGAAUAUGUCCAGCAAAGCACGGCAUUGCUGUGUCACUCUGCCUGGUGGAUACUAGGGCUGCUUCUUCAUCUAGGCUGGUCAAAGUAAAAGAGACUGAAACAGAGCCCAAGCCUAUUGGCUGGGUGUCCCCUAAUACGUGGGACAGCUGUUUUACUGGGCCAAAUACAGCUACAAAAACAAGCACUAUUUCAGGUGCACGCACCCCUGCUAGUGGGGAUACAAAUACGUGCAAAGGUGAAGAUAAGGGUGUAAUUGUUUCUAAAAAUAUAGGGCAAGAUAAACAUAAAGAUACAAACAUUAAAGAUAUAAACAGGAGAGGGCCAGCAGACCACGUUGUUGCAGAGGGGGAAUAUAUUGAUAUUCUGCAGGCAACAAUGCUUUUUGGUAAAGCUCAAUCAGUAACUGAGGAACAACAGAAACUGGAAGUGAAAAUGCAACCAAACACAAAAAUCGAACCGCAAAUGCAAAGAUAUCCACACAGACAAGCACAAGUGCAACCGCAUGCACAAAUGGAGUCGUACAGGCAAAGACAAAGACAGCCAAACACACAGAUAACACCUCAAGCACAGUCACAAGCACAUGUGCCGUUACCUACAAAACCACAAGCACAAAGUAAUUCUAGAUCAGAUGCUGUUGUAUCAUUAAGGCCCAACAUGUCCACAGAAACAGGACCUCCAUCAGCUCUCCACCAUUCUCAAUCCCAAUCCCAUCAUCCUGACUCACUUGAACCUUCUCAGUGUGUCCGCACUGUCCAGUUCUCAGAGAAACCCUGUACCCCGUGCAUGAGGAGAAGACAAGGUGGAAAGGUUUCCAGAGCUCAGGAGCUGAGGUGUCGAUACAGGGACUCCUACCAGGCUGCUAUACAAAACCCUGUCACCUUUGGACAGGAGAAAGAGAGGGGGAAUAUGUUAGCUGUGGUGGAGGAGGAUGGUGUUUUCUCACAGUGUGAUGACAGACAGAGGCUACCAGAGACUGGAACAGGGGAUCCCUGGUGUAAUGUUCAAGAAAUGUGGUUUGAACCUGGGAUGCAACACCAGUCCUCUUCCUCUGUCAGUGGAGCCAUCUGUAAGGAGUCAGGAGAAAAGAACACUGUUCCAUAUUGGAAACCAGGAGAUACCAACACUGCCCCCUGUAUGGAUUACAGGGGAACAAAUGUUUUAAAAUUUGGCGGACUACCAGAACAGACAACUGAAAGGACCACUCUGCCAUUUAGGGAACCAAGGGAUGCACACUCUAAAAAUGAUGGCAAUUUACACAAUGUGAACGGGACAAAUUUAGCAGCAGGAAUGAGGAUAAACACUAGUAGAGCUUUGUCGAGUUUAAAUGAUCCUAAACAGUCAGAUGUGAUCUCUGCCAAACACCACCGAUUACCAUUUAGUUCAAGUGAUAUUUCAGCAAUGAACAUGACUCUCAAGCCUUGUGAAAGGCUACAAAGCAGAACCAAUUCUAUGAGAGUGGGUCCAAACCUUUUUAAGUCUCUUGCAGCGCCACAGAACAGACGGGAAUCCAUGUCCGAUGGAAGAUGUUCAUCCCUCUCUACAGCUGUGGUGGACACCUCAGAGAAGUGUGAGCUGGUCAUUGUUGAAGGUCAAAAUGUUAGGAGAAGAGAAAAUACUGACUCCUGUGCAGAGAUUCCCCAGCUGCAUGUGGUCAAAUGUAAAAACAGCACAGCCUUUCGACUGGUUUCACCCAAGAUCAACAGGAGGAAGAUGGUCAUUCCAGAUGGUGCUCAGCCUAGCAGUACGUCCAUAACCAGUAGAAAAGGCCAUCAGACGGAGAACCCAUCACAGACAGAUCCACUUCCAGCAGCAGAGACGCAGAAGAUCUCCCAGCCUGCCUCUGUUCGUCCCAGACCUGACCACCUUCCCUUGGGAUCCCCAGACCCCAGAGCCCACCCCCUCUAUUUAGGAGUAGCAUCUCUCACAGGCGGCAGAGACAGGACAGGCAGGGCAGUAGUUGAGCUCUAUGGAGACCACCAGGGAUGGAGUUCAGCUGUAACAAGCCAGGAGCUCUUAAGGAUGCUGCUCUAUUUUUACUCUAUCACCAGGAGAGAAAUCAGAGAAGCUGGGAUGACACUCAUUUUCGAUGCAAGGAAGACAAAUCCUCAACCACAGCUCUAUAAGGCCUUGAUGACGUUUCAGGAGCAGACUCCCCAGGCAGUAAAUAGUUUUGUACUGUUGGUGGACAAGGAGAGCAGCCUUCGGCCAGAGCGGUGUCCCGGCACUCAGCAGACUGAAGUGGUGACAUCGAUGAAAGCCUUGUUCAAGUUGGUGGAAGUGAGUCAGCUGAGCUCCCGCUUGGAUGGCACACUGUCUCAAAGCCACUGUGACUGGAUAGAGCUGCACCAGAAACUCUUCCCAUUUGUGACUGAUCUUCAUGAGGCGUCCAGCCUCCUACUGAGGGCCAUCAGUAAGUUAGAGGAGCCCCAGAGGACGGACACUGUACAGACUGUGAAGAAGUGCAUGAUGGACCAGAGAACUCUGAUGAGGGAUGUACUGGAAGACAGCCGAUUGGUCAGCCUGCAGAGGGAGGGCGGGGCCAUCCUGGCCAGGCUGAGGAAGGAGAGUGACCUCAAAUACCCCCACUGUGAGGACCUCAGUGAUGCAGUGGACUCGGUGACCAGCCUGUACAACCAGGUGGAGGAGCAGGGUCACAUCCUCGUCCAGAGGUCCAACAUGUCACUGGAACACCUGGAGUAUCUGCUGCAACUCAGAGACAUGGAGGGACACUUCAUGCAGAUGCAACAGUGGUUUAAUGUAGAGGGAGAGCGCCACCUGCUGGAAGCUGAAUCGGUCGAGGACUCAGGCGACAGAAUGGAGCAGAUCCUCAACAGCUUCACUGGUUUCCUUAUUGAAGCUAAUGACCAAAGGUACCAUGCCAUGACAUUAGUGUCAGAGGCAGAGCGACUCCAGCGAAAUGGGCUCUCCUACCCAGAGACAGAGGCAUUCUGGACUCUAGUCUGCACCUUCAAGUCAGGCCUGGAGGACUUUCUGUGUAGGGCAGAGGCAUGCGGCAGGGAGCUGCAGAUCAUGGUUAAUGUUUGUGAUUUUUCUGAGCAGGGAACAGCUCUGGCUAACGAAUGUAUUGAGUACCUGGACAAGAGUCAAUCGAGAAUGACCAAUGAAGACCAAGACCAAUCUACAACACCUGUCAAUCAAACAAACACCAAAAUACAACACCAAAACCAAGACUCUGGACUGAGCACUGCAUCCCUUUGUCCAUCUGAUCUCCAUGCAGCACAUGGCUCAGGCCCAACCCCCCCCAGUGGUUUACUGUCAGGCAAUGACAGCUCUAUCCUCCAGACUUUCCAAGACAGGUUCCUCCAGUUCAGCCCUGAGAGAUUUCAGGAGGUGAAGGCCCAAGCCAGCGCCCUGCGGGGCUCCAGGGGGAUGCGGGUCUGGAACGUAGCCUGGCUGAGAUGCCAGGAAGCCAGGCAGCAGCUUCAGGAGAGGAUACAGGAUGUGGAUGAGGUUUUCCAGCAACAACCAGAUUCUAGCAGCUUGUGUGAAAGUCAUUAUGUUGAUGUGGUGAGCACUAAUGUUCAGACAAUGUCUCCCGGUGGCCUGAGUCUGGUGGUACAAUCAACGCCUGGACCUCAGCACCCGCAGUGGGAGGGCAUCGUGUCAGGAGCGGUGGAUUUAGGGAAGAGAAGACCGAUCCUGGGCGGCAACAGCACUAAUUCAACAACUGUAGCCUGCUGUAACAUCACUGUCAAACCUGAAGAUCACAGUAAUGCUGCAACCAGCCAGGGGUCAAAGGUCACUCCACAGUCACCUCACAGGAGAACAGAAAGAGAGACUAGGAGGAGACAGACGAGCAGAGCAAGGAGUGAGAGAGAUGCCGCUGCUCUGUCUCAGUCCCACACUGUCGGCUGCCAGUGGUUUCCAUGGGGACGAGGUCUUGGAGUGCGGUCGGUGAGCCAGGACUCGUGCACCACAGGAGUAGCGACGGCGGGGUCAUCCACUCCUCCAGAGCAGCGGGUUCGACCCCCGUCAUCCUGCUCCCACCACGGUCAGCCAUCUUGUCGGAUCCUUCAGGAGGCUCAGAAGUUCCAGAUCUCCCGCCACGGGAGCUUCUGCUCAGAAGAGUCCUGUAUGAGCGACCAGGGGGCUGCAGGGGGUAAUGGGACUUUAUGCUGCAAACACUCCAGCCUGCCCAUCGGGAGAUAUGAGGGGGCGUUUUGUUUGGCAGCUCCACAGGAGAGUGCCAGCGAUGCCCUGAGGCUGCAGCGUGUCCUGGAGGAGCUGGUGUUUACAGAAAGAGAAUACAUCCGCUCGCUGGGCUACAUCCUGACCCAUUACCUCCCCCUGCUGGACAGACCAGACAUCCCCCAGGACCUCAGGGGCAAGCGAGGCAUCAUCUUCGGCAACCUGGAGAAGCUUUAUGACUUCCACAGCCACUACUUCCUGCCAGAGCUGGAGGCCUGCCAAAGGGAGCCUGCCAUGGUGGCACGCUGCUUUCUCAGACAUAGUGAGAGUUUUGGCCUGUAUGCUCUGUACAGCAAGAACAAACCUCAGUCAGAUGCCCUAAUCCUACACCGUCGCCAUGACAUCUUCAAGAAGAAGCAGCAGGAGCUGGGGGACAUGAUGGACCUUUCGUCCUACCUGCUGAGGCCCAUUCAAAGGAUCAGCAAGUACAGCCUCCUGCUGCAGGACAUGCUGGCUCUGGCUGGCUCAUAUAGGCCAAAAGACAUGAUCCAGGAUACACUGCUCACGUCUAGUGUGUGCGCACAGAGUGUGUGUGGUCAAGGUGCGUAUGUUCCUGAUCUGACGAGCAGUGAGAGGGAGCGGGAGAGGGCUGAGAUCCAAGCCGCUGCAGACCUGGUUCGGUUUCAGAUGCGUCACGGCAACGAUUUGCUCACCAUGGAUGCCAUCCAGGAGUGUGACGUGAAUUUAAAAGAGCAGGGCCAGCUGAUUCGCCAAGACGAGUUCACAGUUUUCUUUAAGAAGAAGAAAUGUGUCCGCCGCAUCUUUCUCUUUGAAGAUCUCGUCCUCUUCAGCAAGACCAAGAGGACAGAUAUUGGCAACGAUGUUUAUGUCUACAAGCAGUCAUUCAAGACGAGCGACAUCGGCAUGACCCACAACUCAAGUGUGAGCAAUUUGUGUUUUGAGAUCUGGUUCCGCAGGAGGAAAAGUGAGGACACCUACACCCUGAAGGCCUCCAACAUGGAGGUGAAGAAAGCCUGGACCUCCGAUCUGGAGAGGAUUCUUUGGAAUCAGGCCGCUCACAGUAGAGAGCUGCGUAUGCAGGAGAGGGUGUUCAUGGGAAUGGGCCACAAACCUUUCAUGGACAUUCAACCCAGUGAUGCUGCCAUCUGUGACCGAGCUGUCAGCUGUAUCCUGCCUGGGAGAAUCCCUGUGGCGUGUUGUUCACACAGGGGCUUAGAAUAUCCACGACCACACUCCAUUGGCUCUGGUAGCACCACUUCCACUACCCUCAGCCAAUCAUCUUCCUCCUCUGGCCGGGGCUCGCUGCCCCCUGCUGGUUAUCCCGGGAACCAGUCACAGGGAGUGGACACCAGUCCGGCCAUCUGCUCCUCCCCUGAGGCUGUGACUGAAAAUGAACUUAACCAUCAUCAUCUUCAUCAGCAUCAGCUUCAUAACUGUGAACAAUGGAAAACUCAUCAUCCUCUGAUGGACAGCACUGAAUCAUCUGGAGAAUGCAUCAACCUCUUCAGCAGCUCCGACCACAGCUGCCUGUCUGCCAUUGGUGGAGAGGUAGUGGACGACUCCUCCUCGUUUGGGUCCCAGAGUUCAAAGCCGCGCCCACCACUUUGUCGGACCCCUAGCCUGAGGAGAAACGGCUCACCAGCAGUUACCGGAAAGAAAGCAGGUGUCGCCCCCAAACCUCCACAUCUGGCUAAUGCUCAGGGUGAUGACAUUAUAAUCAGAAAAUCAACAGAAGUUUAACCCUGCAUUCCCUGCAGAAGAUCAUCGGUCCACUGAAGCUCAUCGGUCCUGUUGGAGAUCUUCUGGUCACUCUGCAGACAGACGGUUUAUAGAGGGAAAAAGUUAUUUUGUGUGGCUACACAGUCACAAGGCAGUCAGCAUUGUCUGGGCCCAAGGUCUCGUUUUUAAGGAUUUAUUGAAGCAAUUGAGGUUUGGUGUGUUGGUAUCAUAUGUCAAUCAUUCAAAUGUGGUUGUCUUAUUUCACAUAUACUGUAGACUGAUAACACCCAUGCAAGAAAGAAGAGACUGCUACGUGGGUGAUGUCGUUGACAGAUUCAUCAGAGUGAGAGAUGUACACUCAUGUGGGCAAGCUAAUUUUUUAAACAAAAACACAAUAUUGCAUGACAUGACAUGCAAUAUUAAGCAGCAAACACAGAAUAUGUCUUUGUCCACAAUAUGUGUCUUGGUGCUUUGCCCCAGCAGAAUCAUCUUCAUCCCCUGCAAUGUUUUUGUUUUAAUAUGGAACUAAGCAGCAGUUGCUACAGCUACCAUGAAGAAAACAUCUUUUAUUUUGAUGUCCUGAGCAUAAGCAGCUCAAAAUGGGAAUGGGUAUUAAUAGAUUUACCGCUACACAUUAAGUCCCCAACAAUUCAAGAAAAAACAGUUCAUCCUCACAAAAAAGAACCUGUUCUUUCCUGAAUGUGCUCAGCAAACCAACCAUGUUUUUUAUAUUUAACUGCCUCUCCUGUCAGAUUCACCUGCAUGUUACAUUUUACAUGUCUACAGACUAUACUGGUAAUUGGAUUAAAACUCGCUCUUUGCAUAUACAUUUAGUAAUUAGUAAUAUGUAUUUGCACCAUCUACAAUAACACAUAAUGAUAUAUGUAUGUGGUCAAGGGAUGCAUUAAAAAUAUAUUUUGUGGGAUCUUCUGUGCUGUACAGCCUGUACAAUUAAUGAUAUGCAGGGAUCAAACAAGAGAAGGUUAUAUUUAUUAUCGUCAUGGACGUCAACAGCUUGUGUGGAACAAACACACAGGACCAGCAUAUGUAUCUGAGAGCAAACCACACCAUGUGGGAGACCACUUCAGUCCAGUGACAAAAGUAAAGCUUAUUGCUCUGCGUUUCAUGCUUCUUUUCAUUCGCUAGCUGGCAAAGCAUUACUUGAGAAGCAAUUGUAUAUCAUUAUUCUCACAGCUGGACUACAUUGUUUUGGGUACAAGAUCACAAGGGAAACUUAAUGGAGUCCAAGAUACAGUUCAAGUCCAGAGCUCUCCACUGGCCAUUAAUGGAGAAUCACAUGGAUACCUGUGCAUAUAUGGAAAAGAAAAAUUUGAUGGUGUAGUGAUUUAUAUAUAGUAGUUAACGUAUAAAGGUAUUUCUGUUUCUCCUACACUUUAAGGGUUUCCUGUUUAUUUCUUUUGGGCCAUUUUUAUACUACUGCUUUCUUUCCAAACAUUUGUUUUAAUCUGUCUGGCUCUGAGAUUCUUACAGUAGUCCUGUAUUUAAUAGUUUAUCAGAAGGGACAGACCACUUGCGUAUGUGUUUUCAUAUCUGGAUUUGAAAUACUCUGUAACUCGUGCAUUUAAUGCAGAGAUAAAAGAUCUUGAAAGACUGGGUUGUCUACAUAAUCAUAAUAUUUAGCAAGGAAGCAACACAACUACCACACUAUUAUUUAGGGUCCACUAAUGGUUCCAUACUGAUCAAUGUUCCAGCUUCACUCUCAUUAAAAUGACCAUUACAAAUGUGUAGUUUUUUGAUUAUUUAAAUGCUUUUUAAUGUUAUGAUGUUAUUGAUGAAAAGUAUAAAUAUUUUGUUAGGUGUGUCAUUUUAUU